AUGUACGAGCCGAUGGAGUCUCAGAAGAGCAAUGGAGCAGCGAAUCGUGGAUUUGCUUUUGUCGAGUUUGAAACUCAUAUGGACGCGUCAACUGUCAAGAAAAACCUUCUCAAUCGAUCCCUGGCCCUUUUCGGCCGCUACUACCAAAAUGUGGACUGGGCUGAUCCCGAGAACACGCCGGAUGAUGCCGUCAUGUCAACUGUGAAAAACCUCUAUGUCAAAGCGAUGGAAGCGAUGAAUGGAAAAGAAUUUGACAAUGGAGAAGUUAUUGAUGUAACUCUUGCGAAGCCAAAUGACAAGAACCUAAAAGCGAAAAAAAUGCAGCGUCAAAACCAGCGUCAGCAGCAAGGAAACUGGGACUACGGAUGGAAUGGCGGCGGAUACGGCUAUGGCGGAGGAUAUGGAGGUGGCUUCCAACCUCAAGGCGGUUUCAACGGCAACUUCAACCGAGGCGGCCCUGGUGGACGUGGCGGCCGAGGUGGAAUGGGCCGUGGAGGCGGGGGUCAACGAGGAGGAUUCAAGAGAAAUUUCCGCGGCGGUGGAAACAACCCUGGAGGCUUUCAAGGCGGCCCUGGAGGGCCCAAGCGAUUCAAAGACGACUCUCAGUGGUAUCAAGACCAGCAAAACUUCGGCCAGUGGUAG